UCUUGGAUGAUGCAAUAGUGAAAUCGAUAUCCCCUAUAGACCAGGAACCAUAUUUUCGAAGCCAUCUUAGCCCUACGAAAUCGUAAAACCAUCGUAGGGUGUGACGUCACAACAGCACACGCCAUAGUGACGUCAUAGCUUACGAUUAUUUUACGAUUUCGUAGGCUAAGAUUGCUUCGAAAAUAUGGGCCCUGCCCUUACUAUUAGCGUAUUGGUGACCGUCUUUGUUAGCCUCCCGUUGUUGUCCCCUAGCUUUUAGCCCUUAAAGGGGCUUGAUCUGUUGAGGGACCAUGUUUUUAUUCGUCGUUGCCAUCUCUUCUGUCCACAGAUCAUUCAACGUCGGAUGGAUGGGUCGGAAAACUUUUACAGAGAUUGGAAUUACUACAGAGACGGAUUUGGAGAUCUGGAAAGAGAAUUUUGGUUUGGCAACACAAACAUUCAGCGACUGACUAGCCAGGGCCACUAUGAUUUGCGGGUCGACUUGGAGGCCUUCAACGGCAGUACAGUGUACGCGCAGUACAGUGACUUCUCGCUAGCUUCAGAACGAGACUAUUUCCAGCUGAAUGUCGGCGCGUACAGUGGGAAUUCUGGUAACGGACUUGGCUACCACAACGGCCACAACUUCACGACGUACGAUCGAGACUACAACCCAGCGAACAGCAGAUGCGUGAAGACGUCACUGGGAGGCUGGUGGUACCACGACUGCCACGCCUCCAACCUGAAUGGACUCUACCUGACGGACAACCCUAUCCGGAACUCGUCUGGCAUCAGUUGGAGCCCGUGGCUCGGCGUUCACUACUCGCUGAAGAGAACCGUCAUGAAGAUCAGGCCGACUCCCAAGAUUAUCACUCGAUAGACACAACACAGGAUUAUCACUCGAUAGACACAACACAUGAUUAUCACUCGAUAGACACAACACAGGAUUAUCACCCGAUAGACACAACCCAGAAUUAUCACCCGAUAGACAGAACACAGGAUUAUUACCCGAUAGACAGAACACAGGAUUAUCACCCGAUAGAUAGAACCCAGGAUUAUCACCUGAUAGACAGAACACAGGAUUAUCACCCGAUAGACAAAACACAGGAUUAUCACCCGACAGACACAACACAGGAUUAUCACCUGAUAGACAAAACCCACGAUUAUACAUAAUAUAUA